AUGCGCUCGGCGCUUCAGAUCGCCUCCUCCUUCGGCUACUUCAGGCCCAAUCAUCUGGUCUCCUCACGCCGCCUAGCCGCCGCAGUUUGUCGGCCGCCCUCGCCGUGGCGCUCCCCUCCGCAGACCCGGUUGGCCCUGACGCCAGCGGCGACGAGGGUCAGGGCCUUCUCCACCGGGGAGGCCGACAUUGAGAGUGCCGAAGUCGAGAAGGUCUCAAAGAAGCCCUCGGUGUGCACCGCGGACGAGCUUCAUUACGUCUCUGUCUCCAAUUCCGACUGGAGGCUCGCCCUCUGGCGCUAUUUACCUCCGCCCCAGGCUCCACCGAGGAAUCAUCCGCUCUUGCUAUUGUCGGGGGUGGGAACGAAUGCCAUCGGUUACGACCUCUCUCCAGGGGCUCUCUACUGCCUAUCAAUGCUAUUCGACAUGCUAUCUUUUAGAAUUUGUUCUAUUCUCAGUGCACUUGGCUGUGUUUUCUGUCUAAAUCUGUUGAGACAAGGUCGGCUGAAGAGAAAAUUGGCUGCCGGAAAGGGAAAUAUGGCAGAUUGGCGGUGGACCGGCCUUGAGAUAUGGGCGGUCAAAAGGAAAAACAGUCGGAAAGGGAAACAUCACAGAUUUGGUGGCUGUCCAGAGUUGAGACAGAGUCAACUGGAGAAUUUUCCACUGGAGGGUGGUGGGUCCAUCAGUCAAGGAUUUGACACAUGGAUUCUUGAAGUUAGAGGUGCUGGAUUGAGCACGCAGGCAUCUGACUCCAAAGCCAUUGAGCAGUCUGCCCAUGCAAUAUCUGACCAGUUGGAGGCUACUGCUGAGAAUGUAACUGAUGGAGUUUUAUGUGCAGAUCAGCAGUCAACUAUUAUAUCCUCUAAAUCAGCAGAAUCUGAUAUAUCAUCUAUUGAAAGGGAGCUAACAGGGAUAUCAACUUCAUGGGAUGAAUCAGAAGUGAGCGUUUUUUUCACAACAAUAGAAGAUUUCCAGAAGCAACUUGACUUGAUUGUCAAGUAUGAUUGGGACUUUGACCAUUACCUGGAAGAGGACAUUCCUGCUGCGGUGAGGUGA